CCAAGCCCCACUGUCCCACCCCUCACCUCCAUUUCCCUAUCCCUGGGAUUCAGUGCUGCAGGGAUUAGCCUAGGCAGGCUAAAGCACAUCGCCCUCCAACCAGAACUGAGAGUUCCUGGAGACCGGGAGACACAUUAUAACCAAGAAGCCCAGCAGAGGAAGCAGCUGCUGCUGGAUCUAUCUAUUUAUUGGAGACUAGAGAUUUCCCACUAACAGCAACGCACCCGAAUUCCUUCAACUCGCCCUCCUCUGCCACCACCACCACCACCACCACCAUCUCCUCCUCCUCCUCUUCUUUCUCCUUUUCCUUAGUCCUUUCCAAGUCCUGGUAUCCCUCAUCCCUUGUAUCCCCUCUUUGCUUCUUUAUUUAAAGAAAGAAAUGAAGGAGAAGAGGUGGGAACAUGGGAAGGUUGGAAUGAAGCGCUUUGAUUGCACAUCUCUGGGGAGAAGAUUGCCCUCUCCAGAUGCUGAUUUCUAAAAGCACUUAGCAAUCACCAGGCAGGAGUCUUGAGCUGGAGACAGCGGUGGCGGCAGCGGCUGCAUGGGCCGGUGGGCAUCAGAAGCCGGGGUGUUCAGAGGCGGCGGUGGCAGCAGCAGCAACAGCAGCAGUGGUGGCGGCGGCGACAGCGGCAGUACUGUAAGUGAGAAAGCCUGGUGCCAGCUAUUCUCCGUGAAUAACUGAUUGCCUUCCUUGAAGCCAGCCAAGGCUCUCUCUGCCAGCUAAGAGCCUAGGAUCAAGAGAGCUAGCCUCCAACCCCUACUGAACUCUUGGCCUGGGAGAGGUACAAGAAGGAAAGAAGGCUCCGGUGUCACUGGAGGGAGCAUCAGAAACCCGGGGCUGAGGGAUACACAGCGGAAGGCACCAGUGAAGCUAGCAGAGUCCUGCUCUUAAGUUGCUGGUGGGGGUGGGUGGCUGUGAAGACCUGUGUCUGCUCCUUACUUGUGCCUCCUGGCAACGCGGCAAAACCAGGAGGUUCUCACCUAACUCAAAGGCUCUGGCGCCUCACACCCGCUAAGUGCAUAAGGAAGAUGGGUCCCAGCAGGGACUGAGCGUCCCCUCUCCCAGCCCAUUUCCAACCUUCCCUGUCAGGUUCCCAAGCUCCCCUGCUUAGUGACUGAGGAGCCUGUGUCCCAUUCCUGUCCUAUCCCCUUUUUCCCUACUCUCUCUUCCCAUCCCCAUUCCUGUCCUCAUCCCUAACCUAACUGGGACUGGCUGAACCACACCAUGGCUGCAGCCAUAGCUAGUGGCUUGAUCCGUCAGAAGCGACAGGCACGGGAGCAGCACUGGGACAGGCCCUCGGCCAGCAGGAGGCGGAACAGCCCCAGCAAGAACCGGGGGCUAUGUAAUGGGAACCUGGUGGAUAUCUUCUCCAAAGUGCGCAUCUUUGGCCUCAAGAAGCGAAGGUUGAGGCGCCAAGAUCCCCAGCUCAAGGGUAUAGUGACCAGGUUAUAUUGCAGGCAAGGAUACUACUUGCAAAUGCACCCCGAUGGAGCUCUUGACGGAACCAAGGAUGACAGCAGUAAUUCUACAUUAUUCAACCUCAUACCAGUGGGACUUCGCGUUGUUGCCAUGCAGGGAGUAAAGACAGGGUUGUAUAUUGCCAUGAAUGGAGAAGGGUACCUCUACACAUCAGAACUUUUUACCCCUGAAUGCAAGUUUAAAGAAUCUGUUUUUGAAAACUAUUAUGUAAUCUACUCAUCCAUGCUGUACAGACAACAGGAAUCUGGUAGGGCCUGGUUCUUGGGUCUUAAUAAGGAAGGACAAGUCAUGAAGGGAAACAGAGUGAAGAAAACAAAACCAGCAGCUCAUUUUCUACCCAAGCCAUUGGAAGUUGCCAUGUACAGAGAACCAUCUUUGCACGAUGUUGGAGAAACAGUGCCAAAAGCCGGGGUGACUCCAAGUAAAAGCACAAGUGCGUCUGCAAUAAUGAAUGGAGGCAAACCAGUGAACAAGAGUAAGACCACAUAGCCAGAUCCUCACAGGUGUUGUGACUUAACGCAUCCUGAGCAAAGUUGAGCUCUUUCUCCUUGCCAGACAUUUGGGCUCUGGGAUCUAUGGAGCAGCUAGAAGCAAGUGAAGGCUUGCUCUUUGCUGCUUCCCAACAAACUUGUUGCAAAUGGAUAAAGCUCAACGUGUUGCACCCUCUUCCCUUCCCUUGCUCUCCCCAUUCCAAGAGGACACCUGGAUAACCAGCUAAACUCAGACCAUGGAAUGCCCUACCAGAUAUGGAAUGCCUUUUUAAUAUCUUUUCUGUGACUGUGACACUUCAUGUGAAUGACAUACUUCACUUGAUACACUUGAUACCUUGCCUGCUGACAGUUACCCAUAAUCCCUUUCUGAGUCCAGUUUCAGCAAAAUUCAUGUGUUUAAGUUCAAUUUUGUAGCACACCAAUAAUAUUGAGUACUUUCUAGUUAGACGCUGUAACCCUGUGCUAUUAUGGAUUUCUCUUCCUUCCCCCCCCUUUUUUUUUUUACAAGGCUGCUCGCUCCACUGUCUGUGAUCUUUUGCAGGGAUUGUGUUUUCUCUAAAACUUAAAUGUUACAGGUAGCUGAGUUUGGAAAGCAAUCAGGGAAUCAGGAACUUUCUAAACCUAUAAUUAUAAAUUGCAUCUAUAAAGAAUAAGGUUGUUGUCAUUGACUUACACUAUUGAUUAAAUUAUGAAUAUGCUCUAAUAUCAGAUAUCGUGCUCCUGAGGUCAGCAUAACUGGGGAGAGAAACGUGUCAAACAUGACCAGUGGAAAGCUAAGAUAAGUGUUUGACAUCCCCCUAUAGUUUCUUUCUGUGUGUGUGUGUGUGUUUUAUACAUAUCACAAGCUUACUGGUAAUGGUAACAUUUGCCUUGCCCAGCGAGCAAGACCCACUGGUUUUUGAGAAAGUGGGUCCAAAGAACUCUGUAGGCCUUGUAGGCCUGAAUUAAGGCUCAUUUUUCAUCUACUAAUCUUCAUUAUUUGAAAAACAAUAAUUACGACUAACAAGAAUUGCGCUACCUAAAUCCAUUUCAAAUCCAGUUUUUAAUGAACUGAACUUAAUACCAUCCCAAUUUUUGGCUGCGUUCCACUCAUACUCAGCAGAGCAUGGGCAAGGCGGCUGUUGUGUUAUUUUCUGAAGCAGCAAUGCAAAGGUUAGUUAUAAAUUAGACUUUAAUAUUUUUGGUGUUUAACGACAAGUUUUUAAACUGGACAUAUUAGGGGAAAAAAAAAGUAUUUUUUUUAGCUCAGCAUGCCGAGUCCAGUACUGUGUAUUUCACCAGUACAUACCUCUAACCCAGCUCUUUGGGGCACGCCCACAAAUGGCUUGGUUACAGGUGCCUUGCCUUGAUCUCAGAAUACAGUCUGUUGAAUUGCUAUAGAUGAAAAAAACAAAAACAAAAAUAAAAACAAAGGAAAACAAGCUCAUUAGAAGAUCAGCUUUUAACUUCAUCUUUUUUUUUCUUUUUCUUUCUUUCUUUCUUUUCUUUUUGAGGGAGUGGGGCAGACUACUGUUGAUGACUCGUAGGGCUGUUCAUUGAACUCAGUGUAGCCAACAUAAGACACAGGCUAUAGCAGUUGGCUAAGGGAUAACAAUGCCAUACAAAAUGUCAGCUAUUAAAGGUGAAAAUUUUCAAAAUACUUAGUGUUUAUCUUGUCAAAGAUUUAAUAGAUAGUGAAAAUUGUGUAUGCUUUAGGAAAACUAAAUUUUGAUUCUCAGAAGAAGUAAUUAUGACCAAUCUGUACCUCAGUCCUGGAAAACUAUGUGGGAUCAGUGUCCUGGCCUCUUGUCAGUAUAUUUAAGGAGAAGGAUGACAUGAUCACUGUUUCUCCCAUCUGCAAUGUAUUUACUGGGGAAUUCUUUGGUCAUUGCUUCACACUAAGCAUCAUAAGAGCCCUUACUUGUUAUUUAAUACUUUUGGUCUGCUUAGCUGAUUAAUGAUUUGAUAUAAAUGAACUGUUUAUGCUUCUGAAAUUUUCAUAUUGGAUUCAGUUUUAAUAAAUAAAAGUUAGUACAAUGUAUGAGUAGAGUAUCAUGGAUGAUGCUAAAUAGACAAAGUGGUUCUUUUACCUCUUCUUAAUUUCUCUUAAUUCCAUUUUAAAUGCUGGGUAAGCCAAUUUGACUGUAACUUUGGAAGGUGAAGAAACAUUUUGUGAAGUUCAUUCUCCUGUAACAUGGUGGGGAGGGAAAAGCAUGGUCUCCUUCAGUGCUACAAGACAGUAAGCACAGUGAAACUCGGAAGUUUAAAGAGAUGGGGCUGCUAAGUACCAUAUACUCAAAUCCCUACUCUCCCUCCCCCAUUCCCAUGAACAUACCCAUUGUUUUCGAUAUUAAACUCUACUUGCUGGGUCCUUCUUUCUCUGCAAAUCCCUUUGACUGGUUAAAAUUAAAGCUGAAUUUGUAAAUGACUAGAAUGUCCUGUAAUUGUAACACCUUUGCUUUUAGUUUGUCUGUUUGUUUCUAUGGGUUGUCUGUAAGGGUGUUUAUUCCUAUGAAUGGAUGUCUUAGAACAGUUUCUUCUAAAAUAUGUUUCAACAUAGAACAGAGGGGUCUUUGUUAUUUGUGCUUUGGUUAGGCCUUUAAUUUUGUGUCUGGUCUCAUCUGUUGCAUGGGAGAAGGACGGCAAUGGUGAACUGCAUGUAGUAGGCCCUGUGUAUCAAGAACUGUUGGUAUGUAUUACUAAAUUUACAUACAUAUAUGCAAAGAGUUUGUCUGCAUUGUACAGUUUCUGUGUUUAUUAUCCUUUGUUGUAUACACAGAUGCAACAUAUUGAAUAAAAUAUUUAUACAAAGGCAUAUUGAAAAACAUCAAACAACUUUAUGUAAGAAAUAGAAUGUGCAAAAAUGAUGUUGCACCACCCACAAAUAUAGAGACAUGUCAUGUAAAUAGGUUGGUAAACUCAAUUUUCCCCUUUGCCAUGCCAAAGAAAAUUUUAGCUCCAUGAUAAUACCUCUAUUGCUGUUUUUCAGGAUAAGAUUUCACCAUUCUGUUUCCCCAAAUUAAGUUUGCUGUUAUUAAGUGAAAAAUGUUACUGCUGCAGUACUGUAUAGUAAAUCUGAUGGAAUCGAUUUGUACUUACA